UGUUACUCUCCAUACAAAGACAACUUGUAACACUGAUAGGAGGAGAACGAAUAACACCAAAUCUAUUCUGAUCAUUGUAGGGGAGGCAAUAUAAUUCUUCAGGAUAAAACAUACAUAUAUUACUCCCCUUGAAACAAGUUUAAUAUUUGAUAUGACUCAACAUACAAUCAAAGGCUUUGGAUAAAGCACAUGUCAAACUGUAGGAGAUUAGAAGAAAACAGCAAGAUUGGAUGUGACAUUGAGUUUACCGGUGCCAUGUGUUGAAGGACCAUGCCACAUGGCUUAUAUAAACACUCCCACAAACACAGAGGAGGCUGCAGGGAGAGGCUCCAGGGGGAGGCUUGAUCACACCUCACAGGAAAGUGAACCGGCCUCACAAAACAAUUGGUAUAAAAGUGUGAGAGAGACCGUCCUAUAAUCACUGCUAGUAGGACAACUUGGAGUGUUCUCUGUGGUUGCUUGACAGUGCACGAGAGCCUCCCUAUGGGCUGCUGCGAAAUCGUCCCAGCAUCAUUCAAGUGGCCAAUUACAAACACCCACAGGCUAUGGAGAAACGCAUUAGUUUCCAUCUUCCCUUACUCCAUCAGAUCAGCUAAACAGUUUUGUUUCCACUCAUGUCAUAUUUUUUUGCUUUACACUUGUGUGUGAUGGACAUGAAGGGUAUGUGGACUUGGCCAUUUGUGUUGGUGCUGGGGGUGCUGGGACUAGGGCAGGGAGAGGGGGUGGAGAUGUCCCAAGCCCCCCUCGCCUCUCCCCCACCCCCCAGGGCAGGAUUAUACUCAGUGCUGCUCAAGCUGCAGCGCCAAGUCGCAGACAUGGAGCAGGUGCAGGAAAAGGACAGAACCCGUCUCCGUCGAAUGGAAAGACGAACAAGACAAUACCGCGACACGAUGAUCAAAGCUGAAGCUGAAGUGGUCCAGCUGCGCCAGCACAUUGUGGAGCUUCGGGAGCGCUUUGGAGCCAUUGAGGAGCAGUCGACAAACAUCAAGCUAGACAUUACACGACUAGACUUUCAACAGCGCGAAACCAAACACGAGAUGACCUUGGUUAAGGAUGCAAGGCCAUUUGAGGAUGAUCAUGUGUUUGAAGUGCGGCAUAAUAUGUCACAACUGAUGAGUGUGAAAGAAGAUUUGUUUCAAAGUUAUGUUUCUUUGAUGGAGGACGUGCAGGGUUUGCGAAAAAAGGAAAAAACAAAUAGUGACUCAAUUUCAAAACUUCAAAAUAGAUAUGGCAAUGUUGUUAAAAUAUUAAAAGUUCAUGUAAAAGAUCAGAGAAGGCAUGGACGAAAUGUGAACAGGUUAGAACUGAAUCAAACAAAUGAUUCCCUUGUUUGGACCAAUGAGGACCUAGAUUCCGGUGACGGCUCGGGGGAUAUGAGCUUUGAAAGUCGGAUGUCAAGACCCAAUACAGGUCCUCCAGAUGCAGAAGAAGGUAGUGGAGAUGGAGAUGGUGUGGAUGUUGACACUCUCCUUCCCACACUCAACACAUCAAGUGUCAAUGGUGUUAAUGUGGUAGAUCUGGAAGACAGACUUCAAGUAUUAGAGCAGCAAGUCAAGGGCAAGCUUGACAACGCAGACAGAGAAGAACUAGAGGCCAGGAUAAAGGACCUUCUGAAGACACAUGACUCCUACUUUGAACAAGAGAUUCUAAAGCGAGACACGGACAUUGAGAACGUGGAGCAGCAGAUGGUCCGUAUGGGCGAGAAGAUCCAUGGGGUUGAGAGUCGGGUUCUGUCCAUCCAGCUUGGGGACUUCAUGCAGAAGCUGCAGGAGUCUCUCAUCAACUUCACCCAGAAUGUCAUCACCCUGGAUCAGUGGAAGAUGGCCAGCGAUCAGAUCAUCAACUCCACCCAGUUCAACCAGCAGCAGAUUGCACAGAUGACCAACAUGAUCCUCAACAACUCCAGGGCAGUCGGUCAGAUGGACUGGAAGAUGACCGAUCAGCGACUCCUUAGUGACCAGCAGUACCGAGUUCUCAGGAUGCACAUCAUCCGCCUCAACAACAGUGUGCAGGACCUUCGGGAACAUGUAGAGUACCUUGGCAGCAUCAAGUCUGGAAGUCCCACCACCGCCCAUCAACAACCUGGGUACACACCACCAUCUGGGGACGUCAUGUCCCGCGUGGAGGACCUAGCCCUACAGAUCAUCUACAACGAGAACAGGAUCGCCAACUUGGAGAGCAAGGUCCUCAACCAGACUUUGUUCCAGUGUCAGAAGUCCAGCAAGGACCUGUACCAAGAUGGCCGCCUGCUGACCCUUGAGAAGGAGAUGUCGGCAAUGACCAGCCAGGGAUUGCUGCUGAGUGAGAUGAUCAAGAGAGUUGACCGGGCUCUGUACCGGGUACACAGUAACUGCAAGAACAACACAGUGUUCCUGCACAAGCUGUGGUCGAAGGCAGCAACAUGGCAGCUGUACAUGCCCAUCAUCAGCCUCGUGCAGCAGGAGGUCACCAACCUCCUCACCACUGUACCCACAGAUUGUGAUGGCUACUACAAGCGUGGGUUCCUGGACUCCGGGAAGUACAUCAUAUACCCCAAGGGGGCGCUGCAGUCAGUGUUCGUCUACUGCAGCAUGGAGGCCGAUGGUGGUUGGACACUGAUUCAGAAACGUGUGCAUGGCAAGGAGAACUUUAGUCGAUCUUGGGCGGAAUAUGCCAUAGGAUUUGGUUCCGCUGAGGAUGAAUUCUGGGUCGGCAAUGAAUUCAUUCAUUUGAUGACAACGCAUGAUAACUAUUCUCUCAGGAUCGAAAUGACGGAUGUCUUCGAUGGAUACUGGUUUGUGGAAUAUGAUGAGUUUGCAAUUUCAACAAAAGAGGAAAAUUAUAAGCUACGGGUUCAUGGUUUCCAUGGCAACGCUACAGAUGGAAUGGACUAUUCUAAUGACAUGGCCUUCAGUACACAGGAUAAGGACAAUGACCUGAGCAGCACCCACUGUGCUCUGUACUUCACCUCGGGCUGGUGGUACCGCCAUUGCCAAUACAGCAACCUCAACGGCCGUUACGACACCGGCAUUGUGUGGUUCAACAGUGACUGGCAAGACUGGAUUCAGAUGAAGACUUCAGUAAUGAAAAUUAAACCUAGAUUAUGAUUAGGAAAGUAGCAUAAACACUAUAGAUAUUAUCAGGGAUUUUUAAAAUGAAUGUUGACACUUUGUUGCACAUGUUUUUAUGUCUCAAUUUUACAUUGUUUUAUUGUUGACCUAAUUCAUAGUAUGUCCCUGUCGUAUUUCUACGGAUUCACUGAUUUGCAUUAUGGCGUAUCGUCAUGGUAUUUCUAGCUGGAUGUUUUGUGUUGAUGUGGACACAGUCUCAUCCCUGAGAUCUGCCAUGUCCAUUUAGAGUUUGCAGCAGUGAAUUUAUACAUAUCACUUGUCAAAACACUAACUAUAACUUGAUGACAGUAACAGUGGUUUCUGAAACAUUCUUCCACUGUUGGACGUUGCAGCAGACGUCACAACACCAGUGGACCAACUCCGUGUAUAAUAUGCUGUAACUUCUACAGCUCUGCUGGACGUUGCAGCAGACGUCACAACACCAGUGGACCAACUCCGUGUACUAUAUGCUGUAACUUCUACAGCUCUGCUGGACGUUGCAGCAGAUGUCACAACACCAGUGGACCAACACCGUGUACUAUAUGCUGUAACUUCUACAGCUCUGCUGGACGUUGCUGCAGAUGUCACAACACCAGUGGACCAACACCGUGUACUAUAUGCUGUAACUUCUACAGCUCUGCUGGACGUUGCAGCAGAUGUCACAACACCAGUGGACCAACUCCGUGUACUAUAUGCUGUAACUUCUACAGCUCUGCUGGACGUUGCUGCAGACGUCACAACACCAGUGGACCAACUCCGUGUACUAUAUGCUGUAACUUCUACAGCUCUGCUGGACGUUGCUGCAGACGUCACAACACCAGUGGACCAACACCGUGUACUAUAUGCUGUAACUUCUACAGCUCUGCUGGACGUUGCUGCAGACGUUGCUGCAGACGUCACAACACCAGUGGACCAACUCCAUGAACUUCUACAACACUGACCUCAUCACAUCGUCUUCACAUUGAUAGUCCAUUUCCCUGUCAAUAUGUCCACUAUAACACUCCAACUCAUACUAUCACACACUUCGGCAUCUGACUGUGUCAGAUUCAGCAUAAUAUAUCAUAUGCUUCAAUGCAAUGAAAUACAAUAAUUCAUAAUAAAAAUACACCACUUUAAUACAGGUCAAUAUUGAAUGAAAAGUCCACAAAUAGAGUUUUUGGGUACAUCAGUGAAGCAAAAAAUGAUAUCAAUUCUUUUACAAACUCAUGACAACUUCCCUUGUAAGUUUCAAAAUUAAAAAGAACGUAAACCCUAUAGGUUUAAACUAAAGUCUUAUAGAGACAGGAUGUCACCAACACAACACAGACGUCUCCAACAGUCAUGUUUAAGUGGGCGUUUAUUCAUGUUCUCAAAAUGUUACAUGACCGUACAUACAGUUUGAAAUCUACCUGUCACUUUGUGCUAUCAUUCCCCACAUUUUGCACAAUGCAUCAGCAGACACAUUUAUGACUGUUUUGACAAAGCUAAUUUCAAAAUGUCACCCCUUUCUAAAAAUAUCCUAUUACCUCGAGAAAUACCCCCCACUAUCAUCCAUCCCCAUCAAGAUGUUACUUUUCUUAAUCUCAGGGGAGUCUGGGAAGGGAAGCUAUUGCCAUGCAGGUGUACUAACAUGGAGAUCCACUCACACCUUGUCAACAACAUAUUUGGCAUGUUCAUAUGAUAAUAACAAGGUUAAAAUACACAGCUAAUGUGACUAAUUAUUUCAGUGUCAAUGAACAUGUGACCUUGGUAAAUUAUUCUUACAUAUUACAUAACCGGGAUUAUAUAUCCCGUGAAUGUUAUCCUCCAUUGCCUACCUCCCAUCAUAGAAUGCACCCUUUAGAUGCGAGGUUGGUCAAACUCAAGCUUUCAUGUUGUUAUUUCUAAGACAUCAAACGAAUGUUACAAUCCCCCUCAGUGAAGGAAAUCAGGUGAAACACGUUUUUCACAUCUAUUCAGAACAACAUACUGGUUUAAGUACAUUAAUUCUCUUUUGAUGUGGCAUUACAGUAAAAAGAUAAAGCACUGUGUUUCAGAGACUGCUACGAGUGAGUGGUUUCUCAGCAAUAAGUGAUAUUAACGAUUAACUUUACAUUUUCCUUAAAAAUUAAUCUGUCACUCAAAUGGCAGGAAUUUGUUUGAUUGUCAUAACAUUCACUUUAAUUCAGUAAGAUGUUUAUUAACUGCAAUAUUUAUUUCACUUAAAUUGUUAAUGCCACAUGUGUUGAUAUUUUGUGUUUUUCUCUAGUGCAGCACAUAGCACAGUGCCUGCUUUAUGUCAUUAUGUAUAUAUGUAUAUACACUUCAGUAUCAGUGCAAUCAUAAUAAAUAUUCACAUAUGUAUAA